UUUUUUAAUCAUUCAUAAUAUUCUGAUAUCAGCUGGCAAAAAAGGAAUUUUCCUUUGCCAUACGAAGCAUGGAUAUUUCAAUUAUUUUAACACUUGUGAAAAUUAGGAAAACACAGCUAUAUUGGUUCGGAAUCUGGCGAACGGUUUUUUUUUUUUCAUUUUUACUAUCGUAUCACAUUUUUAUAAACGUGAACGAGGCAAUUGUGGAGUGAACAAAGUCCAUCUCAACAUAUCGAACACCCUUCAUAGUUUCUUGACCAUAAAUGUCACAAUUCAUGAAGCAGUGAAAAAAAAAAAGAAUCAACAGAAAUUACUCUUGAAAACUGAUUUUGGCAGACCAUAAGAUGACUCUAGGACGUGUCAAAAUUCACAAGUCACCAUUACUAAUGACUGAAAACCGAAAAUAAAGUCUCCAACAAUAGUGAAAAAUCGUAUAAUAAAUAUUCUGAGAUAUGGGUGACCAUGCCAGAGGAGAUUGUAAAAAGGCAAUCUGCAGUUCUGAGGAAGAAGAACUUCAACAGGAAGUCUACAACAGUUUUGUACACAUCGCUCCUGUAACAUAUGCUAUGAUGGCGCACCUAGACAUCAAUGAGAAGAGAUUUCCUGUACCAGGAACAUCCGGAGAAGCACCAGCACUGCCAAUGCCACCGAUAGCCGACGAUACUGACCGUCAAUUUUGGGCCGAAGACGAAAUGAGUGGUUCCGAAUCAAGGCUGUGUUUGGUUUGCAAGCAGAGGAGGAGACGGAGUGUGGCGUACAGAAAUCGAGUGGCUGUUCGUAAAAGAAGCAGAUCUCUUCUGUGUCAAUCAUCCAGUUCUAAUUCUGAUCCGGCCAUUCGUAUGAAAAUCAUGUCACCGAUCGGUUACGGUGCACAUAGAAGACGGAGAUGCAAUCAAGAACAAGGUUCACCCUUGACUAAAAAAUCCAGAGACCUAAGCAACGGACCAACCGUUAGGGCUUCCGCGUCGAGACCACCUCUCGAUGUAAAAGUCAUUGGCUGUAAUCUACUGUCUGGAUUACAGUGUCAAAAUUCUAGAAGACAAAUGAAAACCCUGGGCACUUCGGUAUUGCAAAGUAAAGCCAGAAGGCGCAGGAGUCAAACACCGUCAUCUUGUCCUCAUGCUCAUAACGUGCCUUCAACGACAGAGUCGAUAGAUAUCGAUCAAUAUGAGGAGCAAAAAUUUUUACCACCGUCAAAAUCAAAGCGCAAGUAAAAUUGGAGAAAUCCUAACAACGAGAAGCUGAG